CUUUUUGUGGAACUCUAAAGUAAGGAAAGGUCGGUUGGUUUGAACUGGCGGCCAAACGAUCCAAUCACCGUGAGAAAAGAGUCCCCUGAACUCAGAUUGGCAUCCUCUCCUCCAAUAGACUAAGCCCAGGCGCGGCGCGGUCAGCCCCGGAUGUGGGCGUGGCCCGGGAGUGUUGCUGGAGGACGUCUACCGCGGCCGUUUGGAUAGGCGGAAUUGAAUAUUGUUCCUAAUUAUCAUGUGACGGGCUCUGGAUUGAAUGGGGGCCAAAGUGUGGCUGCCAAGAAUCCAAACUGGCGAAUCCCCUCGUCUUCGUGGCCCUCCCCGCUCUCUGGCUCGCGGCGCUGCCAGCAGCCUCUUCCGGUUGUUUAAAUGAGAAUGUCCCUGGCCCAGAGAGUGCUGCUCACCUGGCUGUUCACAUUGCUCUUCUUGAUCAUGCUGGUGCUGAAACUGGAUGAGAAAGCGCCAUGGAACUGGUUCCUCAUAUUCAUUCCAGUCUGGAUAUUUGACACCAUCCUUCUCGUCAUGCUCAUCGUGAAAAUGGCUGGGCGGUGUAAGUCUGGCUUCGACCCUCGGCAUGGAUCACACAACAUUAAGAAAAAGGCCUGGUACCUCUUUGCAAUGUUACUUAAGUUAGCCUUCUGCCUCGCACUCUGUGCAAGACUGGAGCAGUUUACAACCAUGAAUCUGUCCUACGUGUUUAUCCCUUUAUGGGCCUUACUGGCUGGGGCGCUCACAGAACUUGGAUAUAAUGUCUUCUUUGUGAGAGACUGACUUCUCAGUGCAGUACAUCGUUUCAUGCAGGUUGCUCUUCAACAAGCGGUAAAGUGUUCUGGACCUUCAAGGCGAGCUGCAGGAAGGCCUAGCACGGAGGGAAAUACCAAAAGCAGCAUUCUUCUGCUUCCGUGAAAUAGGGCUGCUGGUGAAUCGUGGACUUCUAACCAACCCAAAGCUGAAGUAUUCAGUAUUUGAGCUAUUGAUAUUAUUAUACCUAUGUAAAUAAAGUUUGUUUC